AUGUCAAAUUUAUCCGCAAUUUUUUCACAAAUAUCCUCAGAAAAUACCAAACGAGCACUGCAAUUAAAGAAUCAAGGCAACAAACUUUUAUUAGAAAAAUCAUUUUCCGAAGCAAUAAAACUUUAUUCUCAAGCUAUAGAAUUAGACCCAACUAAGGCAGUUUAUUUUACUAAUAGAGCUUAUGCAUAUAUAAAUCUCGAAUCAUACAGACUAGCUAUUGAAGAUGCAUCUAAAGCCAUUUCUAUCGAUCCAUCUUACUUAAAAGCAUAUUAUAGACGAGCAAUAGCGUAUACAGCCACUUUAUGCUACUCUGAUGCGUUAAAAGAUUACCGUACUAUAAUAAAACAUAUUCCUAAUGACUAUGAAACUAGACGAAAAGCUAUUGAAUGCGAAAAAAUAGUUCGUAGAAUAGAAUUUGAAAAAGCUAUUAAUGUAGGAGAAGAGCCUUCUGCUACAGAAGGAAUUGAUUUUGAUGCUAUUGUUAUAAAAGAUGAUUAUGAUGGAAAACCAUUAGGAGACAAUAUGACUUUAGAAUUUAUAAAUGAUAUGAUUUCAAGAUUUUCUAAUGGAAAAAAAAUUCAUCUAAAAUAUGUUUAUCAAAUAAUAAUUGCAGUCAAAAAAAUCCUUAGUUCAGAACCAACAAUGAUGGAAAUAGAUAUAAAAUCUAAUCAUAUUCUUACAAUUUGCGGAGAUGUACAUGGACAAUAUUUUGAUCUACUUGAAAUAUUUAGAUUAAAUGGACAACCUUCGGAAUCUAAUUGUUAUUUAUUUAAUGGGGACUUUGUUGAUCGAGGUUCAUGGUCAACAGAAGUAGUCCUUUUACUUUACGCUUUCAAAUGGUUAUACCCUACUGGCAUUUUCCUUAAUAGAGGAAACCAUGAAACUGAUGAUAUGAAUAAAAUAUAUGGAUUUGAAGGAGAAUGCAAAGCAAAAUAUACGGAACGUACUUUUAAGUUAUUCUCAGAAUCUUUUAACUGUUUACCUCUUGCAACAUUAAUAGGUAGGACAUAUUUAGUGCUUCAUGGUGGUCUUUUUUCAGAUGAUAAUAUUACGUUGGAUGAUAUAAAAAAAAUAGAUAGAAUUUCUAAGAAACAACCUGGAAAUACAGGUUUAAUGAUGGAAAUUCUUUGGACAGAUCCUCAACCUUUACCAGGCCGUGGUCCUAGUAAAAGAGGUGUAGGUUUACAAUUUGGUCCAGAUGUUACCAAAAAAUUUAUAGAAACCAAUAAUUUAAAAGCUAUUAUUAGAAGUCAUGAAGUCAAGCCUAAUGGUUAUGAAAUAGAACAUAAUGGUCAUUGUAUUACAGUAUUUUCUGCUCCUAAUUAUUGUGAUACACAGGGAAACAAGGGAGCAUAUAUUCGAAUAGGUUGUAACUUAGAACUGGAAUUUAAAACUUUCGAUGCUGUUGCUCAUCCCAAUGUACCACCUAUGAAGUAUGCAACUGGUUUAAUAUCUAUUCUUUAA